UCAGCGGUCGCCUGAGACUCCGGAAGUUGACUCCGCGGGGGAUUGUUGUCGACUCUGACCCCUGGCUUGCGAUGGGUUGCGACGGGGGUACCAUCCCCAAGAGGCACGAGCUGGUGAAGGGGCCCAAGAAGGUUGAGAAGGUUGACAAAGAUGCUGAGUUGGUGGCCCAGUGGAACUAUUGUGCUCUAAGUCAAGAAAUAUUAAGGCGACCAAUAGUUGCCUGUGAACUUGGCAGACUUUAUAACAAAGAUGCUGUCAUUGAGUUUCUCCUGGACAAAUCUUCCGAAAAGGCUCUUGGGAAGGCAGCAUCUCACAUCAAAAGCAUUAAGAAUGUGACCGAACUGAGGCUUUCCGACAACCCCGCCUGGGAAGGGGACAAAGGGAACACAAAAGGGGACAAGCACGAUGACCUGCAGCGAGCGCGUUUCAUCUGCCCCGUCGUGGGCUUGGAGAUGAAUGGCCGGCACAGGUUUUGCUUCCUGCGGUGCUGUGGAUGCGUGUUUUCUGAGCGAGCCCUGAGAGAGAUCAAAGCUGAAGUCUGUCACACAUGCGGGGCUGCCUUCCAGGAGGACGACGUCAUCGUGCUCAAUGGCACCAAGGAGGACGUGGAGACGCUGAAGGGCAGGAUGGAGGAGAGAAGGCUGAGAGCACGGCUGGGGAAGAAAACCAAGAAGCCCAAGGCGGCGGAGUCUGUCUCCAAGCUGGACGUCGGGGAAGAGCCCGCAGGGCCGUCCAGAGCCCAGGAGAAGCCGGAAGAGCCCAGCCCCGACCCCGACGCCGGGGAGAAGAAAACCCACCCGGCCCCCAGAGGUGCAGCGAACGGGAGCUCGGCUGGGAAGGUCGGGAAGCCUCCCUGUGGAGCCACGAAGCGGCCCAUUGCCGCCAGCGAGGAGUCCGAAGCCUACAAGUCCCUUUUCACGUCCCACAGCUCUGCCAAGCGCUCCAAGGAGGAGUCGGCCCACUGGGUCACCCACACGUCCUACUGCUUCUGAGCCCAGGCGGCGCCCACACGGCGGCUCACGACCCGGGCAGGUGGUGUGGGCGCCGGCC